AUGGCGCGUUUCUUCCUUCCAGUCGCACUUUUGCUCUUAGCCAAAUCAAUUCUUGCCGCUCCUGCUUUAGUUACAGGCACCGCGCUGCCUCCACACAUUACUCAACAAGCUGGCGGCGGUCUCCCUAAUACUCCCGGCACUCCACAUAUCUCCCAAAACGCGGUGUCUCUGUUCCAGUUGGCCAACUUUCUCGAGAACCUGGAGUCGGCAUUCUUCCAAGAAGGAUUGAUGAACUUUACACAAUGGGGCACUGGUGGCCAGACAAAUGGUGUGAGCAAUAUGGCGGUUGUUUCCCACAUCGCAGCUCAAGAAGAAGUUCAUGUGGCUUCAAUUGUUAGCUUGUUGAAGGGAAAUGGGGCUCAGGAUGUUGCUCCAUGCCAAUACGGCUUCCCGGUUACGGAUGAGACGAGCUUCUUUGCACUGGGCAAUAUCAUCACGACCGUUGGCAUCGGCGCCUUGAUCGCACUCCAGAAUGGACUCUCACAGUCUGAUCCAGGUCUCGAGGCGACUAUUGGCACCAUCCUCCCAGUGGAGUCUCGGCAUGAUGCCUUCUUCCGCAUCACCGCCAACGAGGUUCCUAACCCAACCACCUUCGAAACUGGAAUCAGCGGAAUCUGGGCGUACAAUCUGGCUCUCGACUUCAUCCUUGGGGGUUCCUGCCCAAAUCUUCCUCAGUCGAUUGCUUCUUUACCUGUGUUCCCCGACUUGGGGAUUGUCGGCUAUGGUGCUCCAUCGUUCACUACACCCAACGCUCCGGGAAAGUUAAUCUUCAAGGUCGGCCAGCCAAAUCUGCUACCACAAGGGUGGAAUUCGGGACCGCUCUAUAUGGCAUGGGUCAAUCAGGAUAAUCUGCCAGCAUACACUCCGGUGACUAUUAAUGCAAACGGCGAAUUGCAUGCCGAUGUCCAACCUGGGAUGUUUGGUAUUGCAUUUGCCGCACUGACGAACCAAAAUUCUGCGACCAAUAUUGACGACCUUACCAAAGCCACACUGGCCGGACCAAUUCCAAUCCCGCUCACGUAA